AUGAAAGGUCCCGUUGCCUUCUUGCACGCAAUCCGGCAUCAUGGAGGGGCGUGCGCUUAUCCGUCGACAGUGACGGAAGCCGACACUAGUACACAAACGCACUUGAAGCCGCCUUUUUUUAAAGCUGAUGUUGAGCCCUUGAAUUAUGUGGGAGUCAAAUAUACCUCUUAUUCGAGUGUUGUCGCAAUCUCAGAUAGUGCGGAAGCCAAAUUCGCCUCGCACGAGUUUGUCAAGGCCAUCAACGGUAACUGCAGAGCCCGCAUUCAUUCCACUUGGGUUGCGGCAACGGACGAUGAGGGUUUGGACCUCAAUCUGAGGAGCGACCUGGCCGACUUGGUUGAUGCGGUACCGAAUGCCCUUGAGACUGCCAUCAUGAACCGGAAUCAAUGGCUUAGGUGCGUGAUCGCCGCUUGCCAAGGUACCCGUUCGCAUUGUUCCUCGAAACGUGCUCAUAGCAGCUAG